CAUCGGUUGUAAAAAAACGCAAUGUCUGCCAAGCUACAAAACCUUGCGCUCCACAAAUUAAUAGAAUUUCAAGCAAUUUAUAAGCAAGAUUGGCCCAAAUAUUGUGCAGAGUAUUAUUGUCUAUCAAAUUUUAUACAUUUUCUAAAGAGUGAUCCAAAUAUAAAACAUUUACACGCCUACACGCUUGAUACACAAAGAGCGCAUGAGCUGGCGCUCUUUGUUAUUGUUGAUCGCUAUCAGCUGUUUGUAGGCAGCUUAGAGAACUCUGAGCAGCUCUUAAAGCAGGCAUUGGGUUUGUUGGAUUGGUCUAAGGAGCUGAAAUGUAGUUCCAUGCCUGCGCGACAUAUAGAAGCACUAAAGAGCGUCUUUAAAGAAAAACUGCUGCAGCUACAAUUCAUUGACUCCACGUUGCUUUACUACAUGCCAAAGCAGCAGGCAGCUGCGCUAAAAGUUGACGUGCCGCCUGGCUUUUAUCUUGAUGCCCUGACUGAGGCAGAUGCAAAUAUAGUUGAUGAGCAUUGGCCAAAUCAUCACGAGGGCUCACUGUACUUUGUACAACGUCAAAUACGCCUGUGCGCAAGUGUUGGACUCUAUGAAGCGGAGCCCAAGCAGCUGGUAGCAUGGUGCAUACGUCUUCAAGGCGGUUUUCUGGGUGCUCUACAAGUGUUGGACUCGCAUAAGCGUCGUGGAUUUGGCUGCUUGGUUACUGCGGAAAUAUCACGACGCUUGGCCGCUGCUGGAGAUGAUGUCAUGGCCUUGGUGAAUCCAGAGAAUAAAGCAUCGAUAGCCGUGUUUAAUAAGCUGGGCUUCAAGAUCAUCGAUGAAUGCUAUUGGGCGCGCACACAGACGCAAAACUUUACUUGGCCAAAAGGUGAAUAAGACAAUCCUUCGAAUAAAUUACUUUCUUUAUAAUAUUUUAGGCUUUUGUG